AUGGCGGCCUUCGAUGGAACGUCCUGCCCGGAGGAACACCUAAUGGCAUACAAGAACCUGAUGCUGCUGUAUACCACUAACCCAUUACUGUGGUGCAAGUUCUUCCCAACUACUCUUACGGGAGUAGCUCUGACAUGGUACACCUCCCUUUCAGGGGGAAGUAUCCACAACUUUGCCCAACUGGAAGGCAAGUUCCUGGGUCAUUUUGUAGCGUCGAGAAGACAGGAAAAAUCAAACUUCCAUUUGCUCAGCAUCACACAAUUGGAAGGAGAGUCCAUAUCAUCAUACUUGAAAAAGUUCCACGAGGCGGUACUGGAAGUAACUGAUUUGGAAGAGUCGGUUGCGUUAAACACCCUGAUCAACAGAAUGAAGGCUCAAAGGCUGAAGUUCCAGAUGGUCGAGAGCCAAACACAUAAUCCUAAGAAACGAAGGUCGGAUAAGAGGGAUGUCACAGCCAAUCAUUCCUCAAGGAGCAGAGAGGAACAUUCAUCAAGGAGGGAAAGAAACUACUUGCCGCGUCGUCCAGAACCUCCGUCAGAUAUGGGGCCUCCACGAUCCAGACACGUAUAUGUCGCUAAAGGGGAGCCCAGGACGCGGAAUUUAUUAGAUGGAGGCAACGAUCCGCUGUUAACCCGAAACAGGAAGGACAUAUUCUUCGCCAUCCGGGAUCAAUUGCCAACUCCACCUCCUACUACCACCCCCUCUGAUCGACGCAACUACAAUUUGUGGUGUGAUUACCACAAAGAGCACGGCCACACUUUGGUCCAGUGCCGCGAAUUCAAACGUAUCCUACAUCAACUGGCCGAUGAGGGGAAAUUGUCCAGGUUCAUCAACCGGAAGGAUUAUGAUGCUAGAAGAGAAGCAGAAAGGAGGCCGUGGAAUCAAAGACGCAGAUCCCCCAAAAGGGACGAGGCCAGCGUCCACACUCUGCUAAAAGGGCCCCCAAAAGCCUCAUCAAAUGGACCGAUCAUGAGGUUUGAUGCCACGACCUCCCAAACGCUGCAACAACCACAUACUGACCCUCUGGUGGUCACCCUAAAAAUUGGGCAAAUGAAAGUCAAGAGGGUACUAGUAGAUACCGGGAGCACCGCUGAUCUCAUAACAAUGGAAUGCCUGAGAAAAAUGAAGUUCAAAGAAAAGCACUUACAACCCCUCGAUAAACCGUUGAUCGGGUUUGGGGGAAGUCAGGUUCUUCCACUAGGCAUGAUCAUUCUCUCCGUGCGGGUAAGGGAAAGAAAUGAAAGCAGAACCGUGCCCAUACAAUUCACGGUGGUGGAUCUCACAUUCCCCUACAACGCUAUCAUGGGGCUUCCACUCAUCAACAAGAUCAAAGCCGCAAUCUUCCCUCAUCAACUCCUGUUACAAUUUGAGCGAGAUGGACAAGUGGGUAUCCUCAAAGGGGAUCAGGUGACGGCACGCCGAUGCCUCAUCAAUACCUUAAAACGAGGAGCUUCCAUCACCCCCUCCAAAAGAGAAAGAGAAGAAGAUUCCCCGACUGUCAUGAGUGUGUAUCUGGAGAACCCUAACAUGCACGCGAGGCCUCACCCCGUAGAACGAUACGAGGAGGCAGACAUGUUCGAAGGAAAACGCAUCAAGAUAGGGAAAGAUCUUCCUGGCCUGGUCAACAAGAUAUCAUGGCCACCCUUACUGAGUUCCGCGACGUCUUUGCUUUUUCCACGGAGGAAAUGCCUGGCAUUCCUACAAGCGUCAUGUGCCUUAAACUUGAUAUAA